AUGGCGAAAUUCACCGACGACAUUCGUGUGCUCUUCAAAAGUCCCGACGCCACCUACGCUCUCGGAGGCACCGUCGGCGGACAAGUGGUGAUGUACGUUCGCGAGCCGACGAGCGCGAAACGUCUCAAGAUCGCCUGGAUCGGAAAGGCGUAUACGGAGGUGCCGGAAGGCGCUCGCCGCUCCGUCGUCUUCUUUCACGCCGAGAACACGUUCCUCAGCGACUCGAAGAUUGUCUGGAACUCCGACGACGGUCGCGACAUCAUUCCGGCCGGCAAGUACGUCUUCCCGUUCAACUUUGACGUCUCGUCAAGCUGUCCGCCGAGCUUCACGGCCCACCGCGGAAGCAUCGACUAUUGUGUGUCCGUGUGGAUGGAGACUCCGAACGAGCAGCGACAGAUUCGCGCCCAGAAGUUCUAUAUGGUUCCGAAGCCGGUGGACGUCGCCGCGAUCCAGGCGGUCCAGAAGCCGAUCGAGUGCGAGGGAUCGCUCAAGUCCGGAACUUGGAUGCUCUUCAACGGAGUCGUGAACUACAAGGUAACCGGUUUAAAAGGGAACAUUUAAAGAUGGGCAAUAUUUUGCAGUUCACCCUCCCGCGCAAGUGCCUCAUCUUCGGCGAGAACGUUCCGAUCAAGGUGAUGUUGGACAAUUUCUGCGGCUGUAUCGUCAAGAAGCUCAAGCUUCGUCUCAUCGAGGCGUUGAUCUACGAGUCGCCGAACUCGAUCGGCCGCAAACGUACGCUCCGCUGCGAAAAAGUGAUCGCCGAGACGGAGCAUCAGCUUCUCGUGCUGCCCGGAAAUCUGUGGAACGACACUCUUCAGCUGGCGGUGCCGGCAAACGGAAUGCCGAGCUUCGACGGAGAGCUCGUGAAGCGGGAGCAUCUCGUCGAGAUGAAGGUGUGCGGCCUCAGAAAGCGCUUCGAAACUUGGCGCCACACUCAUCACGUCCAGCUCGCCGAAGGAUUUUAAUUGAACUCGUUCGGUUUCCGAAUAAACCAUUGUUAACAUCCGUUUUUAUGUGCUCGUCCUGCAAAAGUUUACUGCCCGAUUCGUAUCGGGGGAAAGACAUGUGACUUGCCCUCGCUUUCCAUACAUUUCCAUAUUCUCUUUGGUUCCCAGAUUUAUAUUCUGUGCGACUAUUCGAGUUUCUCACCGCACAACAUUGACUUUGCUUUCGACAAGCAAGCCAUCGUCGGAGGGACCGUAUCCGGAAGUGUUAUUGUGGACGUGAAAAAGGAAAUUCCAGUGAAGGCGAUAAAAGUUGGGUGUAAUGGAAUGUCGCGGAGUCGAGUUUCCGGAUUUCGUCAUCACAUCGAUGUCAACUCGAAGGACACGUUCUAUAACGAAUCGUCGCUUGUCUGGUGGUCUUUGGACGGCCGUGUCAGUUGGUUUCUUUUGUACAUAUAACCGCUGGGUCUAUUCAUUUUAUUCAUGAGCUUUUGCAUCACGUGGGUUCUUCGCUGAUCAAAGUUCAGUAGAGCGCACUUGCAGAAGACUAUCUAUCACAUGGAAAACUAAACCGAUGUUUUUCUUCAGUAAUACAAUAGUGAAAUGAAGGCUCGCGAGGAAGUAUCGAGUACUCGGUAUCUGUUUGCAUCGAGAGAUCCGGUGUAGCUGGAAAUUUGAUAAAAAUGGAAACGUUGGAAGUGGCUUCGAGACGUCUGAACGCGGCUGCUCUGAAAAAUUCGCCCGUUGAGUGCUCGGGAAUUGACAAUUCGGGCAGCUGGCCAUUUUCAAACGGUUUUGUGGAGAUCUUGGCUAGUUCUUGAUGUUUUUUCUCGUCAAAAAGUUCAUGAGAUUCAGUUCACACUCCCCCGAAGACAUACCAAUCGAGGUCAUGAUCGACAACUCCUCCAAAUGCAUCGUCACAAAGGCCAAACUCCGUCUCGUCGAGCUCAUCACCUACAAAGGACAGCUAUCGUUCGACUCUGGAUGCUGCAUGACAAUGACACGUCGAACUAUUGUAGCCCAAGAGAAGAUGGAUGUUCGAGUGUGUCCCGGAUUCCAGAGCCUCCGAAAUCCGGAAUCGCGAGUUUCUCAGACCACCUCGUGA